UCUACACGCGCGCGCGCUCCAACCAGUUCGCCGUCUCGCGCACCUUGGUCGUUUAACGCUCGCUGCUCAUGGUAACAAGUGGCCAUUGUUGAUGUUCUGGACGAGGACGGAGCUUGUUGCCUCGACAACCGCCCGAUUCUUCGUCGGCGUAAUUGUACGCGCGCGGCACGUGUGCACAAGUGUAGAAAGCUGCGGAGCUGGUUUUCUUUUUUUUGUUGGUUUUAUCACUUCUCAACGAUAAAAUUUUGUAUACAGUGGUGACAAUUGACCGAUACCGAUCAAUUAGCGCACCCAAUCAGAUUGAACAAGCUUCGAUACUGGAGCAGAGUACGUAUAUCGUGAAGAAAUGUGACGAUCGGUGAAAGGCCAAAGUCAACCUUGAAGUCAACCGCGCGUGGCACUGGAAUUGUGUGGGUACUGCACCAAGUAUACAUGCACUUUGUAAAGUGAGAGUGUGCGAAGCGCAUAGAAACUAAAAAAUCAUCGCUACGCCUCGCUUAUCGCUGAGGAAACAAACUAUUAGCGUAAGAUAAUAAAGAGCCAGAUAACUGCACAUAUGACACAGGCGUAUUAGCGAGGGGAAAAAAGAUAGACAUAGAUACACGAGAAAUGACAUGUCGGAAGAGUCAUCGUGCAGAAAUAGCGCGUCAGCGUUCAAGUUCUGCUCGGCACUUGAUCUGAUAUGGCUGCAAUGACAUCUUCCUAGAUAUCCGAGGUCGGCCAUCAACACAAAGUAAUUUAAAUGUUGAGCAUGGAGCUGAACCCCAUGAUGAUGUCGAACGCGUCGUGCGACGGCUGCGUCGACAGCGAUCGCGACUCCGACAGUAGCAGUAUGAUCGUCGACCCGGUGAGUCUGGACAAGAAUGACCUGUCGCCAGUGCCACCGUCCAGUCCACACAUGAUGGCCAAAAGCGACAGCCCGAUUAUGGGCGGCAGUGCAGCGCGCAAUCGCAAUCGCAAUUACAAAAAGACCUACUCGAUGGCGUCGGCCACGGCCAAAGCGCACAGUGCCAAGCAGAAUUAUUCCUCGGACAAGUUGUCCUCGUCGCUGAUCAAGCCGCCCUACUCUUACAUCGCACUCAUCACCAUGGCGAUACUGCAGUCGCCGCAGAAGAAGCUCACCCUCAGCGGUAUCUGCGAAUUCAUAAUGUCGAGGUUCCCCUACUACCACGACAAAUUUCCCGCCUGGCAGAACUCCAUCCGACACAAUUUGUCGCUGAACGACUGCUUCAUCAAGAUUCCACGCGAGCCCGGCAAUCCGGGCAAAGGCAAUUACUGGACGCUCGAUCCACUUGCCGAGGACAUGUUCGACAACGGGAGCUUCCUGCGACGGCGCAAACGGUACAAGAGGCCGUCGCCGCACUACGUGCUGCGCGACCGUGCCCUCAUGGCCACCUUCGCCAUUUGCGGCGAUCGUCCCUGUCCACCUGGCACGCACCCGAGCAUGCUGCCGUACCCCGGGGCCUACUUAGCCCCGCCGGCUGGAUUGCCCCUGCUCGAGUUCCCGUCGUCGGCGAUCGAGGCGCUCAAACUUCGAAGCAUCAUGGAACCGCCGCCGCCGCUUUACAAGCCUGUGCCAAUUUCCGCGCCGCCGGCCGUUCGGCAUAUCGUUAAUAGUACGGCACCUUGCUUGGGCACCACCACCAUGACGACCACGACGACGGCUGGCAGCGCGGAUAAAAGGCGAAGUUUCAGCAUCGACGCGCUGAUCGGCAAGCAAGUGAAUAACCAUCAUCAUCACGGCAACGAUCAGACGGCUGGUUUGCUGGAUCUCAGUCCGUCGGAGCACAGAGAGAUCAGGAGUCAGGCGUCCGCUUUCUCGCCGCUCGUUUAAUCACGCUCGCUCUUGUUUUGUUAUAUUACAUAUGAACUGAGGAUGACAGUAAGGAAGAAAAGACCAAAGAAUUGUAAUUAUUAUAAGCUUUUGUCGAGCGCAUACUUAUGCAACAAGUUCCGAAUGAUUCUUGCCAAUUUGUAGGUUUCUUUUAGUGCAAUAACUAUCCGAUGAUGUACGCACUCACAUGGUCUUUCAGUGUACUGUCACAGUUUUCUUUUCAUUUUGUACUUGUUGAUUUAACAUGCAAUAUGAAUUCACCUCACAGAAGUUACCAAAGUAUUAUGUAAACGAUAAGCCAUUAUCUGUGUUAUUUUGUUGUACUUAGAAAGAGAGAGAGAGAGAGAGAGAGAGAGAGAGAGAGAGAGAGAGAGAGAGAGAGAGGGAGAGAGAAAGAGAAAGAGAGAAGAAAAGAAGUUGCGCCUUGUUGUUAUCGCAUGAAGUUUCUAGAAACUUACUACUUCUAUUGUACUAAGUUUCUACGGACUCGUGCUGAGAUAUUAUAAUGUACUAUGAUAUCCAGCGUCGAUUUUAUUUUAAUUAGCACAAUUUAUUUAUUCCAAUUUAUUUGAGGUCUGCAAACUUAGUUUACGCGACGUCAGCUCUAAAACAAGAACAAAGAAAACCAGCAGCAUGUAAAAUACUUGGUUAAAUAUUGGAAAAUAAAUAACAUCCUAAUCAUCCGUCGUAAAAUUAAUAGCCAUCAAACUAUUUAUACACGUUGUAGUUUAAGGAUAUAUAGUUCUGUAAAUACGCAUAUUUUACGUUCUCUUGCGUGCUGAGCACUUAAAUCUUUUGUUCGGCAGCUUUUCUAUUGGGUAGAGAAUAGGAAGUUAGAUCGAUCAAGUUAUUGGUCAAAAAAAUAAAUAUAUCUAGUGUACAUAAGGUGAAGUAGAAUAUAGCCAUGUGAAGUAUAUUAAAUAUAUGACUCUAAUUUUUAUUGUAUUUUAUUUGUACAUUUUUGUUAUCCGUCUACAUUCAUUUGUUUCAUUGAUUAAUAUUAAAUAAAUAAAUUAGAAUGAUAAGAGAGAAGUUUCUUUCAAUUGCGACCGAUAAUGAAUAUUUCACUUGGAAUUUCAUUUUCCUUUACAUGUAUUAAUUACAUUCUGAUAUAGCCUGUUGUUUUGCACGUAGGCAUUUGAUUGAAAUUUUACUUUAUCAUAACAUUUUGUUUUGUGAUUGAUAAAUGAUAAAUUACAGAAUUUUUUUAAAAGUCUGCUCAAAUAAUUUUAACAAUUCUUCUACAUUUUUAUUUAAAAUGUCAAAUAAUUAUUAUUUAUUAGAGUUUCUUGUGAAUCAUUUUUUUUCAAAUCUAAUUUGACAAAAUUUUAAGUAGUUUUUGAUUGUCAUUUAAAAAAAAUGCUGAUGCCAAUAUUGAGUUAGAGGAACAUUUUCAAAGUAAACUGCGUUGAAAAAUUGUGUAUAAAAAGGUGAUUGUGCAUUAAUGUGUAUACGGUAAAUUGUCUAGUGAUUAAGGUUUUACGAUAGUUUAGAUAUAAGAAUGCGACAUAUAACAGAUUUACGAGUAUUAAUGAUAAGAUGUUGGAGAAGUGGUAUAAGGUGUAUCAAAGAGACACUUUCAAUACCUAAUAGAUAACAAAUCUUACAAGCAACGAAAGUCAUAGCAAAGUCUGACACAUUCUUUUGAUUUUUCAAUGAUAAAUUGUUCCAACACACCGAACAAAAACUGUAAUUUCGCAUACCUUGACCGAAUAAUUUAUCGUGACGACCUCAAGCGAAAUGUAUGAGAUACUGUUGAUUUGUAAUUAAAUAGAGAAGCACUGAUUCCUGUAGUUUAUAAUAUGGAUGUGUCAAAACGAUAGAUUUAUAAAAUAUUAUAA